GAAAAUAAGGAAAUAUGGCACAUCGCAGUUCUGUGUUAGUGGUAAAUUGUUAUUGUUAAACGAAAAUAAUGGGAAAUAACAUUGCUUGAAUCUCAAGUUUUUGGUGUGAAAGGAAAUUUUAACAUUCAGGAGUUGAGAAAUCAUUCUUUCUAAUAAAGAUGACAGAUAUCACCAUUAUAGAUAUCCCGGAAGUUGCUUUAGAGAAAAUAUUUUCUUAUUUAAAUUAUGAAGAGAUUGCCAAUAAUCGAUUAGUUUGUAGACAGUUCAAUCAUAUUUGUGAGGGUCUUCUGACAAAAGGUUUCAUACAACUAGAAAAAAAGCAUGCUCAUAUUUAUAAAUUAGUGAAAUCUUUACUGCCAAGAAGACCAUCCGAAAGGAGGAGUAAUGCUCUUGUUUCACGAUACUGUGAGAUCCUACAGGGUAUGGAAACAAGAAUUCGCAUGCUGAAUGUUACAUACAUGAGAUACAUCGACAAACAUCUGAUAUGUUUUGUUCCUGGAAAGGUUCUUGACGAAAUAAAAAGAUUGCUCAAACUAAUUGAGAGCAGAUUUGAUCCACCUAGUAACAAUAAUCAAUUAUUGGAAGAACUACGGGACCUCAGCAGUAUGGCAAUGGAACACUUUGAUGAACAUAUUCUACCCCUUUUGGAGAAGAAAGAACAAGUUACACUUUAUGAGAACACAAUAGCGCCUUCAAAAUCGUUGGAAUAUAGUAAAACACUGAAGGAAUUAAGGAAACUACAUAAGAGAAAUAGAUUGUUCAAAACACAGGUUAGCUACCUGAUGGGAAAAACAAGAAGACUAUCUGAAAAAUGGAACCGCCAGAAUUUACGGAUGAAGAAGCAAUCUUCAAUAAUAAAAGAACAAAACGCCAAGUUACAAGUACAAGCAACACGCUUAGAAAAUCAUGAAAUAACCAUAUCUGAAAUGAAGAAAAAAUUUGAGGAGUUGCAGAAUAAUUUUGUCGAAAUGAAAAGUAAAUGGGAAAUCGAUAUCCACAAGAAAACAAACGUUUCCGCUACAUUAGAUCUCAAUAAAAAAGAUACACCUGUUGAUGCAAAUUCAAUAACCAAAAAUUUGAGGAAAAUAAUACAACAGGAGUCUGUACGACAAAAACACGAUAUUUUGAAAAAAAUAUGCGGUCGUGUGUCUGAUACUAGAACAAUAACGAAUAAACCGCAAUUGUCGAAUUUGCAUAGACAUGAAGCUAGAAAAAAAUGUAUGAGUAUGGUGGAUAUGGAAAUUUGGAGACGUAGAUGUCCAACAUCUCGUUCCACAUACUCCCUAUGGUACAAAAAUAACAUAAAAAAUAGAGCAGAGAUAUUGCUAAGUAAAAAUCCAACUUCAAUCGAGUCACAUCAACCUGAGACAGACAGAACAAAAACGCCAAAGAAGUCUUCUGAUUUCAUUUACAAGUCUGUUACCAAGCCGAGAGCUUCCAAAAUAUUUCCACUUACCUACUUGGACUUGGAAAGAAAGAGGAAAUCUCAUUUGUGUUCAGAUAUUCCAUCGAAGCUGAUGAAAACUAACACAAAUAAUUCUGUAAAAGCCUUGGAUCUAAUUAAUAAGUAUCCUCCUGGACCAAAGCAGAUACCCGAAGAUGAAAAUAAUAGUCUUUCAUCAAAUAUACUCUCUUAUCUUCAGAUUCAUCCUAAUAAACAUAAGAGAAAUAAUGAUGAAUAUGUAUGAUGUAUUUAGAAUUCUUGAUGUUUUUUUUAAAUAUCACAUGAAACGCCACAAGAAGAUAUUGAAUAUUUCAUUUUAUCAUUACUGAUGUGUUUGGAAGGAUUUUCUCAUAGUCGUUUGACUCUAAUUAUGAUUAUUACAAUUAAGUAACUUGAUGUAUUUCUCUUAGUUAUUAAGGGUUUAUUGUUAAUCUUUGAACAUGAGAGAUGCUAUCUAGUAAGAAUUAAUGUUAAUUUGAUUAUUAUUUUAAAAUUAUUAAGUUGAAAAUGUUAAGAAAAUUUUGAAGCUUGUUUGUUUGGUAUUUACCAAUUAAAGAGUUUAUGUUUGGAUUAUAUGAAUUUCAGAAGGGUAACCUUUAUGAAAUAGAAUUGUUAUUAUGAUGAAGGAGGAUAUUGCUGAUUAAAUAAGGAUCUUUGAUAGAUAAAUAUAUCUUAGUUACAA